UCUCCCAUUAUACAAAAUUUGCUGGAUAAGAUAGUUUGUCCUUUUUUUUGCUGUGAAAUUAUAUAUUUUUUGCACACUGGAAAUGUUUAAUUAUGGCAGUUUUGGGUAAAAACGUUCUGCUGUUUUACAGGGAAUGUAAAGUUUUGCUGUUUUGUUGUCAGUGAAUUUUUUAUUUUAUUUUUUGGCAGCAAGGCAACUAAAUUUGUGUUUUGAUGACUGUAAGAUAUCUUGCAAAAUUACCAUGGAUAUAAUAAGGGACCUAAUACAUUUGAUAUUUUUAAUACUGCUUCACACCAGCCACUCUUCAAGCAAUUCUAAUCAAGAUGUUGAUGAAUGCAUGGAAGGGACGGACAGUUGCCAUAUUGAUGCCAUCUGCCAAAACACUCCCCGAUCCUACAAGUGUAUAUGCAAGUCGGGAUAUACAGGGGAUGGAAAACACUGCAAAGACGUGGAUGAGUGUGAACGAGAAGACAACGCAGGCUGUGUACAUGAGUGCGUGAAUAUCCCUGGGAAUUACAGAUGCAUGUGCUUCGAUGGCUUUCGUUUGGCACACGAUGGACACAAUUGUCUAGACUUGGACGAGUGUGCGGAAGGGAAUGGUGGAUGCCAACAAACGUGUGUAAACAUGAUGGGGAGCUACGAGUGCCGCUGCCGUGAGGGGUUCUUUCUCAGUGACAACCAGCACACCUGCAUCCAGCGGCCAGAAGAAGGGAUGAAUUGCAUGGAUAAGAAUCAUGGCUGCGCCCAUAUCUGCAGGGAGACUCCGAAAGGGGUGUCAUGCGAAUGCAGGCCAGGCUUUGAGCUAACCCGAAACCAGAGAGACUGUAAAUUGACUUGUAAUUAUGGAAAUGGAGGCUGUCAGCAUACAUGUGAUGACACAGACCAUGGUCCCAGAUGCGGCUGUCAUGUCAAGUUUGCUCUCCAUUCUGAUGGCAAAACCUGCAUAGGGGAGAGGCGCAACGAUCAAACCCCUAGUGCCCCGAUCUUAGCCAAUGAGACCUGUUCAGUGAAUAAUGGUGGCUGUGACAGCCGAUGUCAUGACUCAUUAGCAGGAGUGCACUGUAGCUGUCCAAUGGGAUUCAUGUUACAGCCGGACAGGAAGACAUGUAAAGAUAUUGAUGAGUGUCGCAUGAAUAACGGUGGUUGUGACCAUAUCUGCCGGAAUUCUGUUGGGAGUUUUGAGUGCGGCUGCAGAAAAGGAUACAAACUGCUUAUCAAUGAGAGAGGAUGCCAGGACAUUGAUGAGUGCUCCUUUGAUCGGACAUGUGACCACAUCUGUGUUAACUCCCCUGGAAGCUUCCAAUGCCUGUGUCACAAAGGCUAUGUCCUCUAUGGACUCACUCACUGUGGAGACGUGGAUGAAUGCAGUAUUAACAAAGGAGGCUGUAAAUACGGCUGUGUCAACACCCCAGGAAGUUAUGAGUGCAUUUGUCCCCCUGGUUUUAGACUGCACUGGAAUCGCAAAGAUUGCAUAGAUUUGAUGAAGUGUCCUCCUGUUAUCAAUACCCCUCGUGCCUCUCUUAUGUGCAGUCGUAAUGGGAAGAAGGAAACCUGCUCACUCAGCUGCAUCACUAAAGCUUUGUUCCUGCCAGAAUCGGACAGUAGCUACAUGUUAAGUUGUGGAAAUCUAGGACUCAGACCCGGGACCACCUCAAAACAAACAAGCAAUAGCAGCCAGCACUGCAUUGAGACUUUGGCGCCCCCUGUCAAGCAGAGAGCAUCCUUCAAACUCAAGGACUCCAAAUGCAACCUAAGAGCACGAGGAAGAAUGAAGGGGGAAGAUAAUAUAAAACUUGGAAGUAGUAAUUCCCCUUGUUCUGACUGCCAAAUGACUUAUGUCAACCUAAGAUGUGACUCUUCAUGGAAAGUCAGAGGUCGUCGUUCUCGUUCUGCUCAGAGUAAGGAAGUUACUAGGAUCACACUGGAAUUUGAGGCUGAAGUUAAAUUGGAGGAACUCACGGCAAGCUGUGGGCUUCCAUGCCUCAGACAACGGCUAGAACGGAAGCUAAAAUCUGCAGUGAAGUCCUUAAGAAAGUCCAUUAACCAAGAGCGUUUUGUGAUACGCUUGUCUGGCACAGAAUAUGAGUUGGCCCAGAAAGGUACCACAACAGCCGACAGAGGAGAAAACUGUGGUCCUGGUCAGCAGCGCAUCGGUGGCAAGUGUGCCAGCUGCCCUUCAGGCACAUAUUACAAUUGUCAAAUGGAUCAGUGCCAAACAUGUCCCCAGGGAACCUAUCAAGAGAAAGAAGGACAACUAUCAUGUGACCUCUGCCCAGGAUCUGAAGGCACAGGACCCCUAGGAGCCACUAACAUCACCCUGUGCACUGGAAACUGCCCAUCGGGACAUUUCUCUGCAGAUGGAUUUAAGCCCUGCCAGUCCUGCCCACGAGGCACGUACCAGCCUGAGAGUGGACGCACAUACUGCUUUCCUUGUGGUGGGGGGCUAGGCACCAGACAAGAGGGGGCAAUUACAUUUCAGGACUGUGAAACUAAGGUUCAGUGUUCUCCUGGUCAUUAUUACAACACAUCGUUUCAUCGCUGUAUUCGCUGCGCAGUUGGAUUUUAUCAGCCUGAGUUUCGGCAGAAUUUUUGCAUCGCAUGUCCUGGGAAUUCCAGCACAGAUUUUGAUGGCUCCACCAGCGUUACCCAGUGCAAAAACAGGCACUGUGGAGGUGAGCUGGGGGAUUAUACUGGCUUCUUGGAAUCUCCAAAUUACCCAGGAAACUACCCAUCCAGCGUGGAGUGCACCUGGAGCAUCAGUCCACCUCCCAAACGAAAAAUACUGCUAGUGGUACCUGAGAUCUUCCUGCCUUCUGAAGAUGAGUGUGGUGACCUGCUGGUCAUGCGCAAGAAUGCCUCUCCAUCCUCAAUUACAACGUAUGAGACGUGCCAAACUUAUGAACGCCCAAUUGCCUUCACUGCACGUUCGCGCAAGCUCUGGGUCCACUUUAAGAGUAAUGAAGUGAACAGUGCACGUGGCUUCCAAGUACCAUAUGUGACUUAUGAUGAGGAUUAUGAGCAGUUAGUUGAGGACAUUGUGCGAGAUGGAAGACUAUACUCCUCUGAAAACCACCAGGAGAUUCUAAAGGAUAAGAAGCUAAUUAAAGCCUUUUUCGAAGUUCUUGCACACCCUCAAAAUUACUUCAAAUAUACAGAGAAACAUAAGGAAAUGCUACCCCGAUCUUUCAUCAAACUUCUGCAUUCCAAGGUUUCAGCCUUUUUGAGGCCAUACAAGUAAAAUGCUGGACAUACUUUAAUUUUGUGGACAUAAGACCCCUAGGGAAAGACUCAUUACUCCAAGGGGUCUCUUAUAACAUUAUGUAUGUGGAGGGCUGUCAUACCAAAAUAUGUUAACACAAUAGACAUAAAAGGCCAUCUGAAACAACAUUAGGAUUUAUGAACCAAAUGACCUUCAGACUAUAGAUAUGGAAAGCUACAUGAAUAUUUCACAAGCCUUGAAGGCCCUUGAUUCUAUAGAAGGUGACACCUACAGGGUCACAGACAAGUCUACACAGGUCACUUUAACAUGGUACGGAUGCAUUUAUCAGAGGCCAUUCAAUGAAUGAUGGAUGCACAGGAAGAUCAAAGGCCAUAAUGGAUCUGUACACACAAAUGUCUGGAUAUUUUACAACAACUCUGACAUACUUUUUCUUGGACUCACUAAUCUUACUGUUCUUCCAAAAAAAAAGACUUCUUCUACAGCUAUGCUAUAAACAGGUUUCUAGGAAUCAGUUUCCAGUAUCAAGUGUUCAGACUAUAAAUGAUUUGGCUUCUUUGUUAAAGAAGAAAACGUUGGAACACCACCUUCCUACUAUAGACCCUUAAGCCACUAAAUAUCUUGUUUAUGUAAAAUGAGACUGAGUGCAUUUCUUACAAUUUUAAGCACAAACUAUUGCUAAUCAUUAGUAAUCCCAGCACCAGUUAUUGUCUUUUUUUCCUCCUUCACAUUCUUGUCAACUGUUUAGUUAUCAGUUUGUGAAAUAAAUGGAGACGUUUUUUUUAGGACAAGGAAGAUAUGGUAAGUAGGAGAAUUAUGAUGACACAUCAUGGAAUAUGGCAGUCAUAGAUCUAAGAGGGAAGAUGAUUUGAACUAAGCUCAUAACUAAAAUGGAUUUCUACUGGAAGUGAAAAAAAAAAGAACUAUAUAUUUGAAGUACCUCUGGAUAUACUGAUUCACAAAGUAUGAUUUCAUAGUGACAGGAGCUAAAGAAGGAGUAAACAGAGUUUUGAACAGUGUGGGUUCGUCUGGGUCUGUCACUCCCAAGGAUAUCUUUUGAUGUAAAUAAGACCCCUUAAGAUUUUGCAUUUUAUAAAUAAAGUUGUUUGCACUUGAAAACAA